CUCCGACGUGAGCACUAUCGGCCCUUUGCGGCUGCCCUCAAUAAUGCAAUGCGCAUCGACCCCUCCGUCACAAAUAAAGUGCCAUCAAUCUACCUAGCUCUCCUCCCCUAUAAAGAAGACCCUGCGUCCUCGCACUCUCCACAGCAUCCAAUCCAAGAAAAAGAAAGAGAGCAGCUAUUGCCAUUUGCUAGCCGAUCCAGCCGCUGGCAGCAAUGGCGGAGGAGAAGAACGAGGGCCUGGUGCUGCUGGACUUCUGGGUGAGCCCGUUCGGGCAGCGCUGCCGCAUCGCGCUGGCGGAGAAGGGCAUCCCCUACGACUACUCCGAGCAGGAACUCCUCGGCGCCAAGAGCGACCUCCUCCUCCGCUCCAACCCCAUCCACAAAAAGAUCCCCGUCCUCCUCCACGACGGCCGCCCCGUCUGCGAGUCCCUCGUCAUCCUCAACUACCUCGACGAGGCCUUCCCGAAUCAAGGCUCCUCCGGCAAGCUCCUCCUCCCCGCCGACCCCUACGCGCGCGCGCAGGCCCGCUUCUGGGCCGCCUACUCCGACAAGGUCUACGAGCUCGGUACGCGGCUCUGGAAGCUCAAGGGCGAGGCGCGGGCGCAGGCGCGCGCCGAGCUGCUGCAGGUGCUCGCCAACCUCGACAGCGAGCUCGGGGGCAAGCCGUUCUUCGGCGGCGAGGAGUUCGGGUUCGUGGACGUCGCGGUCGCUCCCUUCGUGCCGUGGCUGCCCAGCUACGAGAGGUACGGGGAGUUCAGCGUGGAGGCGGCCGUGCCGAGGCUGGCGGCGUGGGCGCGGCGGUGCGAGGGGAGGGAGAGCGUCGCCGGGAGCCUCCACCCGCCGGGGAAGGUGGACGAGUUCAUCACCAUGCUCAAGAAGCACUACGGCAUCGAGUAGUAGGGGAGCGGAUCCACGGACCACGGAUCCAUCAUCGAUCGGCUCCGCGGAUAGAUGCUGCUGCGGGUGGGUGAGACUCAGACGUGUGGCUGCCAUGCGCGCAGCUGUUCUUGUUCUCUCCAGUCCAGUGGGUGGAUCAACUGUUGCGUGUGGUUGUCUGAUGCGUGCGACGUGGCUGCAAAUAAAGCUGCUGCUGCAUUGUUUGGUCGUCGGUGUCACCAACUGUUCGUAUGGUUUGGUUGUAAGGCUCUAAUCUUUGGCCGUGUUUGGAUGCAAAAUUUUAAAUUUCAAAUUUUUUU